AUAUAAUUUGAGUGAUCAUCAUGUACCACUUUCCUUAGGGUGCUGAUAUAGGAUUUUCUCGAGAAUGAAGCUGUUUGUAGUAUUGACUAUUUUUGCAGUGUCAGCCGUCGUCGCACGAGCAGCAGAAGCAGAAAGUGCGCCGGCUGCCGAUCCGGAGCCGGCUGAAGAUCCAGCUCCGGCUGUAGAUCCAGCUCCGGUUGCAGAAGAAGAUGCGUCUGCUGUGGCAAAACCUGCAGAAUCAGUUCCGGAUGCAAAAGUAGCUGAGCCGGCUGCAGAGCCAAUAGAAUCUGCUAAGGAUACAGAUUCGGAUGAUACUGAUGAUGAUGAUGAUGAUGACAAGGACGACGAUAGUGAUGACACAGAUGAUGACGAUGAAGAUGAUGAUGAUGAUGAUGAUGACAAGGACGACGAUAGUGAUGACACAGAUGAUGAUGAUGAAGAUGAUGAUGAUGACACAGAUGAUGAUGAUGAUGACGAUAAAGAUGAUGACGAUGAUGAAGAUGAAGCUGAUGACGGAGUAGACAACCUGAAGCCAACUUUACUGUUACUAGCCCCUCUAUUUGCAAGAUUACUGAUCUAAAGCCGUAUUUAAAUUGUUUUGAAGAGCCUUGAGGUUAUGAAAUGUCCUUUCAUGGAUGUUUUUGAUCACACGACUGUUUACGGUUAUGGGAUAUUGUUAUGGGGUUAGAGUUAGGGUUUUGUUAUGACUAUUGCGAUUCAACAAGAGCCGUCUUAAACCAAAAUACUUGUAGUUGUACAUUUUACCGUACCAAUCUUAUUGAUUUUUUUGAUAAAAAGAAUUUGGGCUGCCUAUUGAAUGUUUAAUUUUCGUGUAUUCUUUUACAAUUUUAAUUCAAUUUGA